AUGGUUCAAGCUAUUCGAUUUAGGAAUUUCGAUGAAGAUUAUGAUAAACGUUGCAGUAAAACUUUUCAGCCUUCUCUUGUUCGAAGAAAUAAAAGAAGAUUUUUCUGUUACUUGGCAUUCGUCUUGGCAAUUUUACUAUUUAAACAUUCGGUUGCUACAACGUUAAAUGAUAAUGUUUAUAAAUGUUCACAACUCGUUCCAAUUCUAUGGAAUUCUUCAAGUGAUUUUCUGUUUGUUUUUCAUCUAAGAUGUUUAAGUGAUCACAUGAAAUAUAUUAGACACUCCAAGAAGAAUAUCAAAGAAGAAAUUUUAAACAUAAUUGACAUGAAACGAUCAUUACAUCGUCGACAUUCGAUUAAUCUCACUCUGAACAUUUAUUCAAAAUUCCUUGGAAUGAUUUUCGAAGAUAACAAAAUUGAGAAGAAAGAAAAAUUAAUUUUUAUGCUUUGGAGUCAACAAUCAGAUUUUGUCGUUGGCAAAACAGUUUCACUUCAACUUUUGACGUUAAUUUCUAUGGUAUCAGAAGUUGCCAAUUAUUUUAUUUAUUCAAUUCAAUUAUUCAUGGAAAAUCCUUACAAUUAA